CUGACCCGGAAUCGGAUCCUGGUCCCGCCCCCUCCGCCAGGCUUCCUUCUGCAACAGGCGUGGGUCACGCUCUCGCUCGCUCUCUUUCUGCCGCCAUCUUGGUUCCGCGUCCCCCGCACACCCUUCGCAGAGUUUUUAAGAAUAUUUGACUCUGGGUUGGGCAGCAGAACGGAUCCCAGUCAAUUCAGGCCUCCUUUUUAUUCCCUUCAGAAAUGCCUGGUGAAGCCACAGAAACCGUCCCUGCUACAGAGCAGGAGUUGCCACAGCCCCAGGCUGAGACAGCUGUGCUUCCUGUGUCUUCAGCCUUGAGUGUCACUGCUGCCUUAAGGCAGCCUGAAUCUACCCUACCCCCUCCUUGCUCCCUGGCCCCCCAACAAUGCCCUCUGGCAACCCCUAACCAGGCUUCCCCAUUCCUUCCUCCCUCUAGUGUUGUCUCAACCCCUUUUGAAUCUCCUUUUCCACAAUCAUCCUCUGGAACAAUCCUUCCUUUGGGAGUUGCCCCCUCCCCCACUGACACCCCAGUUUUCCUACCAAACCUAAUAGGGCCUCCCAUCUCCCCAGCUGCCUUAGCUCUGGCCUCUCCCAUGAUAACUCCAGCUGUGAAAGAUGCCCAUUCCUCUUCAGCUCCCUUGGCUCUGGUGGCCUUGGCUCCCCACUCAGUUCAAAAGAGCUCUGCUUAUCCACUGAACCCUCUUAAUUCACCUCCUUUGAUUGCUGGGGCUGAGUCAGGGUCAGUAACAUCUCUGUCAACUCCCAUUGUUUGCUCAGAACCAAAGACCUCUUCUAUUCAAAUUCCCAUGCAAGUAGGCCCUAAUCUAAAAGGCACACCUAUCCCUCCAGGUAUAGUCAGUGCUGUUCCUUCCCAUCUUGGAACUCCCUUGGCCUCUGUUCAGUCUGGAGCAGCCGCAUGUCCUCAAAUGCCACCUACCACUCCCGCAGCCAUCACUCCCCCUCAGUUCAAAGGCAUCCCUGUUUCCUCAGCUCUGACUUCUCCACAAAACCCUGAAAGCCUCAGUGUAAAGGGACCCCUUAAUUCACCUGCUACAUUACCUCUUUCAACCCAGUCUAUAUCUGUGGCUCCCAGUGUCACUCCAGUUUUCCUCACUUCUCUGGGCUCUCAUCUAGCACCUUUACAUCAGGGUUCUCUUGAUUCUCCUGUUCGACCCUUAGGUCAAACAGGUCCUAAUGUUCUGUCAAAUCCUAAAGUGGAUGCCAUUUCUGCAGCUCAUUCUCCCACUGGGGCCUCUUACCCUUCUCAGAGAUCCGUAAUUCCUCCACUUCCUUCCAGAAAUGAGGUGGCUUCUACUUCGGGGGCUCCAGCUUCCCCUCUGGCUCUUUCUAUUGAGAAAGAUCCCCCUGCUGUCACUGGUAUAGCUUCCUUCAGUCCUUCUGGCUCAUCAAACAUAGCCACCUCUUCUCCAUUAUCUCCUACAGCCUGUCUCAUUCUGAAAGGCUCUCCUAAUGCCACUCCUCGUCAGCCUUUGGUGACCCAAAUUCCUCCUCCUCCAGGGAGUCCGAGCUUGAAAGAAGCUCCUGUUUCUUCUGUUGGAACUAUCCCAUUCGUUAUGACUAACCCCUCCACAAUUUCUGCGACACCUACUACCCUUGAGGUAGCUACUUGCAUGUCGUCUCCAGUUUCAUCAGAUCCCAUAAGUAAUAAGGACUCAGCUUCCCUCACUGCCUCGGUUAUGGCUCCUGGGGCUCCCAAAGAGCUUUCUACUCCUCAAGUAACCCCUCUGGGAAUACCAGUCCCCCCUCCUUUCUCAUUCUCUGAGAACCCCAAAGGUCUCCCUACAUCAGCAUUGGUAAAGUUACCAAAACAAGGAAAUAGCCAAACUGAACUUCCCUCUCCUCUUGGAGCCCCUGUGUCACCAGAACAGGCAGGACUCCCUACCAAGAAAGACUCGACUCUAAUACCAUUAGUACUGGCAACCCCCAAAAAUCCCCCCUCUCCCCAAAGUAUAUCAUCAUCUCUGGAGAUAGCUCUUUCUCCUGAAGCCUCCUUAGCAAAGAAAAGCCUUGUAGAGCCUCUCCCUGUAGUUAUGUCAGCAAGUACUGCUCCCUCUCCUCUGGGUGUUAACUCCCCAGCCUCUAUAAUCAAGACAGACCCCAGUAGUCUGCCUCUCAAAAGUUCUCUCACCACCCCAAGCAUAGCUACAUUUCCUCUGGAACGUGUCGCUACUGCGGAAGUGGCUCCUGCAGUUACUAAAGGUACCUCCACUACAGCCAGUCCCUUUCUAGAUGUCUCUCUAUCUCAUAAAAGCCAUCCAGGUAAGAAGGGUAGUUCCACUCCUACUUUACCUGUGGUUCUUCCAGUCUCUGAAAGUUGUCCUGUGGCUCCAGCUGUGACUUUAUCCCCCCAGAAUGUUUCUGUUUUUCCAGCUGCCAUAGCACUAGCCCCAGAAAUUCCCAAGUCUGAGCCCUUUCCCUCUCUUCAUCCUCAAGGUGCAAAGAAAGUUCACGGUAUUUCUCAUACCUCAGCAUUGGCACCUGUGGCUUCCUCUCCUGAAGGGCACCCAACCAAGGACUCUGGUGCUUGUGCUUCUGUUAAUGCAUCUUCAAAAGGAACUUACUUAGCUGACUCUCCAUCUCCUUUAGGGACUAGUGUGUCUCCUCAAACUAAAAGACGUCCAACCAAGAAGGGUUCAGCUCCUUCUACUACCUUAACUCUUUCUCCUCUUUCGAAAAGUGUUCCUGCUAUCCCUGAUACUCCUGCUGGAAAUCACUCCUCCCCUAUUUCUUCAGUUGAAGCGUCCUUUCUUCCAGAGGCCAGUCUUUCUUUUCAAGUCCCUAAAGGGUCACUGGCCAAGAAGUAUUCCCCCAUACUUUCCCCCAAAGAGACCCCAGAUUCCCCACCUCCCAAAGAGGCCUUCACUCCCCCAGCUAUAGUUCCUUCCUCCCCCAAAGGAUCCCCAGCAACUUCAUCCUCCAAAAAGUCACAAGCAGCUCCAGCCCCCAAAAGAGCCCCAGCUACUCCAUCUCCCAAAGGGACCCCCACUGCCUCAGCUGUGGCUCCUUCAUCCCCCAAAGGGGACCCAGCAGCUCCCUCUCCCAAAGAGUCCCAAGCAACUCCAGCCCCCAGAAGAGCCCCAACUACUCCAUCUCCCAAAGGGCCCCCCACUGCCCCACCUGUGGCUCCUCCCUCCCCCAAAGGGGGCCAAGCAACCCCAUUCCCUGAAGAGACCUCCACUCCCCCAGCUGUGACUCCUCCCUCCCCCAAAGGGUCUCAGGCAACUCCAGCCCCCAAAAGAACCCCAAUGACUCCAUCUCCCAAAGGGGUCACAGCAACCCCAUCCCUUGAAGAGGCCUCCACUCCCCCAGCUAUGACUUCUUCCUCUCCCAAAAAGUCCCCACCUACCCAACCUCCCAGAGAGGCCCCCACCUCCCAAGCUCCCAAAGAGUCUCAAGCAACUCCAGCCCCCAAAAGAGCCCCAGCUACUCCACCUCCCAAAGGGCCCCCCACUGCUCCACCUGUGGCUCCUCCCUCCCCCAAAGGGGGCCCAGCAACCCUUUCCCCUAAAGAGACUUCCACUCCCCCAGCUGUUGCUCCUUCCUCAAAAAAAGCCCCAGGUGCCCCAUCUCUCAAAGGGUCCCUUACUCCCUCAGCUGUGACUCCUUCCCCUAAAGAGUCUCUGGAAACUCCAACCCCCAAAGGGGCUCCAGGAAUCCCAUCUCCCAAGGGGCCAUCCACUCCCCCAGCUGUGACUCCUUCCUCCAGAGAGUCUCCGGCAGCCCCAGCCCCGAAAGGGACCUCAGCAACUCCAUCCUCCAAAAGAAUCCCAGGAGGAACUCCAUCCCCCAAGAGAGCCCCAGCUACCCCAUCCAAAGGUACCCCCACUCCCUCAUCUGAGAGUCCUCCCUCACCCAAAGAGGCCCCUACCUCUCCAGUUUCAGUCACAUGUUCCCUGGGGUCCAUUGCCCCUCUGGCUUCUAAAGGCCUACCAGUAAAGAAAGGCUCCACAGCUCUCAAAGCAGGACUUGUUGCCCCAGCUCCAAAAAGUAUACCAGCUGUCACAGCUCCCUCUGAGAAAGCUCCACUGGCCAAGAAGAGUUCUGCUACUUCACCUCCUGUGUGCCCAGAUCCUUCAGCUAAGAAUGGUACUAAAGGACCCCUUCCUACAAUGGCUCCAGCCCCCCUGACAGUCUCUGCUCAGAAAGCCUCUUCAAAGGCUCCCAAAACCCUUCCUGUUUCUCCAUUAAAAAGCAAAGAUUCUGCCCAUUCCCCAAAGAGCCCUUUGACUCUUCCUCUUGAGUCUGUGACAUCUACUCCUCUAGCAACAGUUUCCUCUGAGAAGGUCCUUCCUAAAGCUGGAUCAGCAUCUAUCCCUCCAGCACCCACCCCAUCAGUCUCUCUGCCUCUCGCUCCCUCCCCAGUUCCCCCUCUGCUUCCUAAACAGCAAUUUCUGCCGUCCUCACCUGGGCUGGUGCUGGAAUCACCCUGUAAGCCCUCAGCCCCUGCUGAUGAGGAUGAGCUGCCGCCUCUGAUUCCCCCGGAACCAAUCUCGGGGGGACUGCCUUUCCAGUCGGUCCUCGUCAACAUGCCCACCCCCAAACCUGCUGGGAUCCCUGCCCCAACCCCCUCUGCCAAGCAGCCUGUUCUGAAGAACAACAAGGGGUCUGGAACAGAAUCUGACAGUGAUGAAUCAGUACCAGAGCUUGAGGAACAGGAUUCCACACAGGCAACCACACAGCAAGCCCAGCUGGCAGCAGCCGCUGAAAUUGACGAAGAACCAGUCAGUAAAGCAAAACAGAGCCGGAGUGAAAAGAAGGCACGGAAGGCUAUGUCCAAACUGGGUCUUCGACAGGUAACAGGGGUUACAAGAGUCACUAUCCGGAAAUCUAAGAAUAUCCUCUUUGUCAUCACAAAACCAGAUGUCUACAAGAGCCCAGCUUCAGAUACCUACAUAGUUUUUGGGGAAGCCAAGAUCGAGGAUUUAUCUCAGCAAGCACAACUGGCAGCUGCUGAGAAAUUCAAAGUUCAAGGUGAAGCUGUCUCAAACAUUCAAGAAAACACACAGACUCCAACUGUACAAGAGGAGAGUGAAGAGGAAGAGGUUGAUGAAACCGGUGUAGAGGUUAAGGACAUAGAAUUGGUCAUGUCACAAGCAAAUGUGUCAAGAGCAAAGGCAGUCCGAGCCCUGAAGAACAACAGUAAUGACAUUGUAAAUGCUAUUAUGGAAUUAACAAUGUAACCGUCUGAAAACGAGGACUUUUUUUGGUGUUUCAAAAGAAUAACUGCAGCUUGGUUUGAAAUUUGUACUGUUUCUAUCAUUAAUAAAGUUAUGGCUUCUUGUUGGAUGAA